GAGAGUGACGUUUUAUAAUUUAGUCUGUGCUUCGCUGUGGACAUUUUCUUUCCUGCACCGAAUUAUUGUCGAAUGAUUUUGUUUGCUCCACAUUAGUGCGACUGUUCAGGAAUCUUUGUUUUAAGUGCAUUUGUAAUUGAGUGACAAUACGUUAAAAUGUUUGGACUACGGUUUUAUUUGCUUUUAGUGGCGUUUUGUAGUUGUUCAAUCCUAGGGCGAGGAGAUGAGGCGCCCAAAACGGAGUUGUUAGAUGUGCCACCGAAGACCGUCGAGAGCCUGGCGGCUUCGCAGGCCGUUCAAGGCUUGCCGGAGACGUCGUCUGUGGAGCCGACGACAGUGACGGCGCCGACGCCUGACCCCGACCCAAAGAACACCACUACUAGCACUACUACAACUACAACCACUACGACUACUACUAGCACCACGACCACGACGACGCAAAAGCCGCCCGCGCCGACGCCGCCGCCCAAGCCCACGCCGCCCAAGCCGCUACCCGCCCCCGACCAGGGCACCUGGUCGCUCACCAACAAGACCUCCAACGUCACCUGCAUCGUGGCUCAGUUCGCAGCGCAGAUCAACAUCACCUACCGCAUGACCAAUAACAAUGUGACCUCCUACCGUUCCGAGGUGAUGAACGUGCCAGUCAACGCGACCGUUCAAGACGGCAGCUGCAACGCGUCAUCCACGCAGCAGUGGCUGCUCAUCGGCUGGCCUGGCUCCGACGGCGUCCUCAACACCAUCCGACUCCAGUUCCUGAAGAACGAGACCACCAGGACCUAUGCGCUGAGCAGCCUCAACCUCACCGUGGAUGCCUCAGUCCUGGUCAAUGCUUCCGUGCCAGCCGACACUCUGGAAUUCUCGUACGGCGAGGAGUGGGCGACGCCGCUGGCCACGUCCUACCGCUGCCUGCCGGCCACCAAGCUCAGCAUGAGCAACGAGACCUACGACGCCACCGCCGUCGUCACGGUGUCCCGUCUGCAGGAGGAGGCCUUCAGGACUGUUAACGGAACUGGAUUCAGCGCUGCGCGCGAGUGCGGCGGCGGCGACGUGCCGGACGCGGUGCCGAUCGCCGUGGGCUGCGCGCUGGGCGGGCUGGUGCUGGUGGUGCUGGUGGCCUACCUCGUGGCGCGCCGCCGCUCCGCCGCGCGCGGCUACCUCUCCAUGUAGAGGCAGCGCUGGCAACGCGUGCGCGUGCGCCGUCGCGCGUCCCGUCGGCUGGCGGCGCGCCGCUACCUGUGCCUCAGCCGCGCCGACGCCGGCUGCCGCGGCGUCUAGCACUUGUGGACACGUCACGGGACACCCCACAACCCACCACCUACCCCUCGCCCCCAGACAUCAGGCAAGUGCCAACACAGGUAGGGUUGCCAGGUCCAAAAUCACAAAAGCCGGACUUUGUGCUUCAUUUGGCCGGACAUUUUACCCUAAAAGCCGGACAUGUGACAAUGCAAUUAGUGUCAGCGCUCAUGAGUACUAUCAUCAUCGGUUGCUAACCGACAUCCUGAUGCGUGCGCUUCAUAUGAUUCUGUGGCUCGACUUUCGCCUGGCGUGGCAACCAAAUAAAAAGCCUAACAAAAGCCGGACAGGCCGGACAAGGCAAUAUUUGGCCGGACAAGUCCCUAAAAAGCCAAACAUGUCCGGCUAAAGCCGGACGCCUGGCAACCCUAAACACAGGCCACUUGGACACAGGACAUGUCGGAGUUUGCUGCCUUUUGUCCACCAUUAUUCUUGUUUAAUGUAAGUCUCUUAUGUGCAAAGUUUUUGAUGUUAUCCUGUAUUAAGCAUUCGCUGUUUAUGUAUUUGAAACUUUGUAUUUUUGAAUUCUAUUUGUAAGUGGAUUCUAAUUGUCUUUAUUGUAUAAACAAAUGCAGAUACGUAUUGAUAAACCGAUUUUUGAAACCACGAUUUUUCCUGUUAAAAUAAAUACAAAGUGAUAAAAUACCAACUGAAAACAAAAUCGUGGACUCCGUCUAUUAAUACGAAUCUUGUUCCAAGUCUGCGUAACAUCAUGCAAAAUUAAACUCCGAUAGUUGUACCAAAACUAUCAGUCACACUCUACUGAAUCUGUUAAUAAAUGUCCGAACCAUACGGCUUAUGUAGCCGUUGUAUCCAUUGAAAAUUCAUUGACGUGUUCACAAAAUGUACAAAUAUAUUAUUUUAUAUUGGUAAUUCCAAUUCACGCGAAAGUGAAGCGAUUCGUUCCAACGCAAUUUAGAAAAUUACAUUUGCUCAAAAGUUACAUUCAUUUCCAAAUCUAGAACAAUGCAGAGCUAAUUAGUAUAUUAAACAAUUGUUAACUAUGUGAGAAAAUGAUCGAAUUAAAGAUAUACUAAAUAUUUGUAGCCUUUAAAGUAUUAACCACUCGACUCUAGUGUGAGCAUCGCGUAAAGUGGCAUUUCGAUAAAAAUAUAAUUAAAAAAAACAUUUAGCUGUUGUGUUAUUUAGCUAUCGUUUAUGUAUCUUGGCCAUAAUAGUAGGAUAGUUUCAUCGCGAUAUAAAAUCUCAUCUGAACAUCCUAGAGCACGUAGAUAAAUGUUUAACAAAUCCAUUAUUGUUUAGCAAAGUGACUAUUAUUGAGUAAACAAAUAUAAAAUACUAUAGAAAUGUGAUUAUAAUAGACUUACAAAACAAUGGUAGAGGUCUUUUUUAAAAGUCAUAUAAUUUUGUAUCUGUAUAAUUUUAUAUCUGAUUUUAUGUUAAUGUGUAUUUUAUCGUGAUUUAUUGUUUCCAAAGAAUUUCCGGUUGAUUCAUCAUUCGAGUUAUACUGCGGUAUAACGCGUAACGGCAUGACAUUACGAUUAAAUGUAUGUAUUUCUGUCCAAUAAAAUAUUCCAUAAAAGAUGCCUGGUAGACAUAGUUAGUACGUAAAGAUAUGCAGUGUCUUUUACUAUACAUAGAUAGUAUUCUAAAUAAUUCUAUAAGAGUAAAAAUUGUGUGCUGGACAUUUCGUUGCAAAUAUAGCAACUUUCAAAUGUUAACAUAAAGCCGGUAGCACACUGGACGACUCAGUCGAAUCGCAUCGAAUCGUAGAGAUGUGUGGAUAGGAUUUCCUGACAUCGUUUAUCGGAGGUGUGCCACCGGCGUAAUAUGUCGCAAGGAGAUUGAGCCAGGCAACAUUAAUGCAAUCAUUUCAGUCCUUAUUCGUAAUGUAAAAAAGGCAAUGGAUUGCCCAGUAUGUUAACGACCUAUGUCAUUUACAUUUCCUAUUAGAUUUAAUAUCAGUUUUCUUAGUUUAAGUACCGUAAAAUUUAAUGUAAAUUGCGUUGCCAUCUUUGGUAGAUACUUUUACCUAAGUUGUCAACACUUAUAAGCCUUUGAUUAGGUGUACUGCCUGCUCAAAAAAGUUUUUCUCUUUCCUUACUCAAGAAGUAAAAGAAGAAGGAAGAAAAAUAGCAAGGAGAAAAAAACUUUUUUGAACAUACGUUAGUAAACCCUUUGAUUACAUCAAAGAGGCAGUAUGCACCAACGGAUAAAUGUGCCCUACGUACGAGGUACGCAAUAAACUGUCUUAUCGGGCAGUCGGGUAAAACAGCCAAAAUAGUUUUAAGAUGACAAAAAUAUAACUUCAAAACUAGGACUGUCAAAGACAUAGGUCGUUCGGUCGCAAGCAAAAGGUCCCGGUUGAAGUCGAUUUGGGUAGCUAUAGGGCGACGCCGGCCUGUGGGUAUUUUGAGUUUUAUCACCUUAACAAUACGUACCAAUUUAAAUUAGUUCGCGCAUCGGUUGCCGGCCCACAGGCGGCGUCAGAGACUGUAAGAUGUGAAUAGAAUAAAAAUGUUUUUUAUUGCCA